GUCUACAGAAAGAGUACGAUGGAUCAUGAGGCAGAUAAAAAGAAAAUUAAAAAAGUACAAUGGCCUCAAUGGAUUGCUGGUAUCGGAGUCAAUCUUCUGCAAUUACAAAUGGGACUGAUAUCGUUGUGGAGCUCACCGUAUAUCGCAUAUCUGACUUCACCCGAAUCUCACAUCCCCAUGACAAUGAACGAGGCUUCCUGGGUAGUUUCUCUAUUGAACCUAGGCAGGCUAAUUGGCGCCAUUUCUGGUUCUGUUGCCGUUAACUAUCUCGGUGCUAAAACAUCGGUCUUCAUAACGAGUUUGCCAAUAACUCUCUGUUGGCUCUUUAUAAUUGUGGCUAAUCGAGUGGAAUGGUUGUAUGUAGCCAGAUUACUAGCUGGCAUCAGUUUAGGAAAGACGUACAGCUGCUUCUCACUUUACUUAGGCGAAAUUGCGGAUCCUUCUAUUCGCGGAGCUUUAGUCGCAUUAGCUGUAAGCGGAUUAUCAAUAGGCAAUCUAAUGAUGAGUAUCAUGGGUGCGUAUUUAAGAAUGGACGUGAGCGCUACCGUAUGCUUGAUUCUUUGCAUCAUACUAAUAAUAAUUUUCAUUUGGUUGCCGGAAUCGCCACAUCAUUUCGUCAAGAUCAAACAGGAAUCUAAAGCGCGAACCUCGAUACUCUGGUAUCACCGUGAUUGCGAUGUGGAAUCGGAAUUGCAAGCACUAAAGCUCUUUCUCGAAAAGAAUAGGAGCUUACGAUUUACGGAAGUUAUAAAGGAAUUCAAAAUUCCGUAUAUUUGGAAAGCACAAAUACUCGUAUCGCUACUCUUCAUGUAUCUUCAAAUAUGCGGCCUAAAUAACGUGUUAUUCUACAUGGAGACCAUUCUGAGACACACCAAAGUGACAGUCAUAAAACCGUCAAUGAUCGUAAUUAUCGUUACUGCUACCGGGAUCGCCGGCUCUAUGCUUUCUAUGCUCUUAAUCGAUAGGUUCGGCAGGCGAAUCUUAACGAUCGUCUCCACCUUAGCUGUCACGAUCUCGCUAAUCUGUCUAGGUAUACAAUAUCAGCUUCUCGAUGCAGGUUAUAACCCCGCUAGUCUUCAGGCUCUACCGAUUUGCUCAGUGUUGCUCUUCCAGAUAGCUUUAUACGUAGGCCUCGUCUCGAUACCUAACACGGUACUGGGUGAGAUCUUUCCGCCACAUAUUAAGUGCGUAGCUGGUUGUUUCGCCAGCAUCAUCUGUGCGAUAUCCUCCUUUAUCUCCACAUCGACAUAUCAGCCUUUAAUCAAUUUAAUCACAGAAAAAUACUUAUUCUACGUGUAUGCUUUGUUACUGGUAACCGCCGUACCGUAUGCCUAUUUCUGCAUGCCCGAGACUAAAGGCAAGUCGUUGCAGGAGAUUCAAGAAGUACUGGACGGAAGAACUAAACAGUCAGUUAGUUGA